AUACGGCGAGAGUCAUUGGUUCAAAUCCAAUAGUAGGUAAAACCGGCCGAAACCCCUGCGCCAGCAUGACAGCAAGCACGGACUGGCAGCAAGGAGUCAACUGAAUGACCAAAGCAUCGGUUGCUUCCACUUGUGGCCUUCUUCGACCGCCUUGACACCUUAAUAUCAAGGAACCCCCUCUCUUCUUCUCUUCAUGUAUGUGGGCUGCCCGCCCCGUCCCGAAUAGACGAACAGGAACAGAAGAAAGGCGCGAGAGAGGGAGUUGAGUAUCAACUCACCUCCCCUCUUCCACAAUUAGGUGAAGACAAGGGAGGCCGGAAACCCCAACGGGAAACCUUUCACCGCGCCACACGAUUCUUUCGCGAAGCGCUCUCUCAGACGUUUCCACUCCUGCCCCCGCAAGCAAAGAGGUUUCAAGAUACCAGGCGACCAAGUGAAAGUGAACAGCCCCGAGAAAAUCUUCUAUAGAGCGUACCCUUUGUUUCUACUCUUUCUCUCUUCUAUCACGGCAUUAGAGGAGUGAGCCUGCCCUUAGGAACCAAGUAGGAGCAUAACAUAAUAUCUAGUUUAUUAAAAAGUUUUCUAGUAUGGCCUAUCUGAGCGAACUACUCCUUUCUGUCUGCCACUAUCCAAGGGAAGCGGAGAAGAUAACUCUAACAACGGGUAUUCAUCCCAUCUUGAGUUCUAAACUAUAUUCUCAUGUCCCCAACCCCCGUACUCCACUAUAUGCAACCUAUUUUUACACAACUUAUUCUCAAACAGCUUAUUCUAUCAAACAGCGUAUUCUCGGCAUCAAUGCACACACAAACUCCUGGCAAGAUCCGAUCGGAAAUAGCCUAAGAGGAAUUAGAAGAGCGGCUUAAAAGUUCCUUAUCCUUCAUGCUUCUCUAUCCCUUUGUUGAUGAAUCGCAUCUCCCCCCUCCAUUUCUUCUCUCCAAAACAAAGUCUUCGAAGUUGGUUGGGGCGCUCGCCUAAGAAGGAACUGUGGCACUUUUUGGAUCAAUUGCUGAGGAGCAGACGAUCUUGCCUUAGAGGGAUGCGCCUUUUAGCUUGUUAUCGCUUUUUAGGUUCUUGCUCCGCUUUCAGGGAAUCCCUCACCCCAGUUCCAUAUGGAUGGGGAUGAAUCCAAUCCUAGGGCAUUAACCUCUCUGGGAAGCCGGUCCCUUUACAUAGCUGCACUUCCUCUAUUCUAUCAAUUCAAUUUCUUUUUUAUGUCCACAUGUCCGCUUUAAAAAGGAAGUCAGGUUUUGCAUUCUAUGAAUGCCCAGAAUCGGUUGUGAAAGAAUGGCUUUUGUUCCAAUCAUCCGCUGUCUCCAUAUCCGUUGUUCAAAUAGCAGCUGCUUGGCUCUUUCCCGGUGGAAGGGUUUCAGGAAUAGAAUCCGCAUCCCUUGCGCUAUAAGCGAUGUUUUUCAAACCAGUGCUAUUGAAUUCAGUG